GUCACUGUCCACUCAGUGGGUGCUGAAAUAAAGGUCACAGAAUUUAGCGGAUGAAGCUUGAAUACAAAGAAAGCACACGAAAGGUUUUGAGGAAACCCAUUGAUCAUGCUUCACUUCAGAGAAUGCUAUUUGUUCUCACGGUAAAUGCCAAAAAGCUCAAUGCUCCGAGUGGGAAGAGUUAGCACUAUAAAGGAUGGAAUGGUCUUAAAAGUAGUGCCAGUGCACACCUCCAAACGCUCUGGCGUGCUGAGCGAGCUCAAUCAAGUGCACAUAGAAGAGGACCUCCCCUCUCCUCCGUUGCUGGGAGUGACAGGACGCUUGCUGCUCAAGCAACAAGUUUAGCGUUGAUAGCUAAGCUCUAAUUUACCUAGCUAGCUUCGUCUUCAUUUAUUUUAGCACCACAAGCAAAUAAGCAAAAAUGGAGAUACCGAUGGAUCCCUUGUUUCUUGCAUGGACCUACUUUAGAAGACGGAAGUUCCAACCAUGUUCCAGUAUUUGUUCGAAGAUAUUGGAGGACAGUCCAUACGACCAGGCUGCAUGGAGUCUGAAGACCCGUGCUCUGACAGAGAUGGUGUACAUUGAUGAGGUGGAGGUGGACCAGGAGGGGAUCGCUGAGAUGUUGCUGGAUGAAAGCUCCAUCGCUCAGGUUGCUCGCAUUGGGACAUCACUGAGGCUUACUGAAACAAGCCAUGGAGGUGGACCUACUCCAGCCAUCAGGCCCAUGACCCAAUCAGGACGUCCUAUCACAGGGUUUGUGAGGCCCAGUACUCAGUCUGGCAGACCAGGGACGAUGGAACAAGCCAUCAGGACCCCUCGCACGGCACACACUGCCCGUCCUGUUACUAGUGCGUCUGGGAGAUUUGUCCGGCUGGGAACAGCCUCCAUGUUGACCAAUCCUGAGGGGCCAUUUAUAAACUUAUCCAGACUCAAUUUAGCUAAAUAUGCCCAGAAGCCCAAUUUAUCCAAGGCUUUAGACCUGGCUGCUCUGGCCGCUGAGAAUGCUCAGUUCAAAGACUGGUGGUGGAAAGUCCAGCUGGGGAAAUGCUACUACAGACUUGGUUUACACCGGGAAUCAGAAAAACAGUUCCGAUUUGCUCUCAAUCAUCAGGAGGUGGUGGACACAUACCUCUAUCUAGCCAAGGUGUAUCAGCGGCUUGAUCAGCCUAUAACUGCACUAACCCUCUUCAAGCAAGGUCUGGACCACUUCCCUGGGGAGGUCACUCUCUUAACAGGAAUUGCUCGCACGAGGUACGAGAUGAACAACAUCACCUCAGCCACAGAGUACUACAAAGACGUCCUGAAGCAGGACAACACUCACGUUGAGGCUAUCGCCUCCAUAGGCAGCAAUCACUUCUACACGGACCAGCCUGAGAUCGCCCGGCGCUUCUACAGACGGCUGCUGCAGAUGGGAGUAUAUCAUUGCCAGCUGUACAACAACCUUGGACUGUGCUGUUUCUAUGCCCAGCAGUAUGACAUGACCCUCUCCUCCUUCGAGAAGGCUCUGGCCCUGGUGGCCAACGAUGAGGAGCAGGCUGACGUCUGGUACAACAUUGGACACGUAGCCGUGGGAAUAGGAGACCUGACUCUAGCAUACCAGUGUUUUAAACUGGCCUUGGCCUUCAACAACGACCAUGCUGAGGCCUAUAAUAACCUGGCUGUGCUGGAGCUACGCAAGGGACACAUUGAGCAGUCCAAAGCUUUCCUCCAGACCGCUGCGUCACUCGCCCCUCACAUGUAUGAACCGCACUUUAACUACUCCACUCUGUCAGACAAGACUGGAGAUCUGCAGAGUAGCUAUACAGCUGCCCAGAGGUCGGAGGAUGCCUUCCCUGAGCAUGUAGACACCCAGGAGAUCCUGAAACACCUGCGCCAGCACUUUGCUGUGCUGUGAGCUACUGAUUGACACACCUGACCUGAAAGUCCAGUCUGCCUGUGCAAUAUCUCACUUACUCAGUUGUCAUAGAGUGCUGCUAUUGAACAACAGUGACUGGCCUCCUCAUGUUAUGGUUAGACAUCAUCACGAUCUACAGACAAAUAUGAUUCUUGCAGGGACACAAAACUGUGGCUAAAUGAUAUCAAAGGCAAUCUGGCUUGGGCAACUCACUGCACAGAAAUGAUUGUAAAACAGUCGUUUACAACUGUUUUAUUUGCUCGUUUUUCUUUUCAAUGGUUGGUUCACAGGCUUGUAGAAUAGUAUUUAAGGUACCUUUAAGCACUGAUAGUAAAUGUACAUAGUAAAGUAUGAACAUGUAAUACAAAUAUUUAUAGUAAAUGUAUUUAUACUGCUAUAUUUUUAUAGUGUAUUCAGAUGUAAACCAGGGAUGUAUUUUUGUACUACCAUUCCUCUUGUCACAAUUUGUAGUCUGUCUUGUUUGUAAUGAGUAAACAAUCAAAAACAAUCAAAAAUAUACAAAACUCAUAUUAAAACAAUUUCUUUCAACAGAUACAAUCUUAUGCUAUGUAAAACUUAAAUUGACA